CAGAAGUAACUGCUGGACCAUUGUGAAGAACAGGAUAGUUUAUCUUUUAGUUUUAUAUGUGAACUUGGGAAUUAUGGUUUAUUCAAAAUCAGGGUUAAAUAACCCAGAUUAGUAUUAUGCAGCAGCUCAUUCGCUUUUUAUGUUCACACUGAAGAUACAUGGGCUCAGGCCAGUGGUGGGAUUCAAAUAUGUGAACAACCGGUUCUCUGUGUGAUGCUGUUUCUGGAAGUCCAUUCUGGGCCUGGCCAACAAAAUACUAGCUACCGGUUCUGCCAAAGUUGUGCAAACUGGCUGAAUCCCACCACUGACUCAGGCCCCUACUCUUCUAUGGAGAAUAUGGUUGUAUUGUGGUUAUACAUUUUCAUUUCUUUCUUUUUUUCCUCUAGAUCAUCAAAAUUAUGGGAUGAGAUUUAGCCUGGAUGCCUGCCGUAGUAUCUUGGCCCUCUUAGAUCUUAACAGUACUGGAACCUUGAGCAUUCAAGAAUUCAGAUUUCUCAGGAAGAAGCUGCUUCUAUACCAGGAAGUUUUCCAGAGAAACGAUACCCAUCAAUUAGGAACCUUGGAUCAGUUACAAUUGUGUGUUGCUAUGCAAGAAACAGGAAUCUCACUUAGUGAUCAACUUUGUAAACUGUUGACAGUCCGGUAUGGAAAUCCUGAUCUAAAAAUCACAUUUGAGAAUUUUGCCUGCUUCAUGCUACGUGUGGAACUUAUGAUGGAAGCCUUUUAUAAUAUGAGCGAAGAUGGCAAAGGUAUCUACCUUCUAGAGUCUGAGUGGAUGACGAUGACACUGUAUUCAUGAAACAUUAAAAGAGAAUAACUCAGUUGAGCUACAUUGGCCCUUCAAACCCAGAAGCCAAAAUCCUGAAUUCUAAUGCGACUUUUAUUAUAAGAUUACAGUAACAGAAUCUUGUAAGUCUGAAUGUGCCUCUUCCUCUCCUACUCUUACAUUCCAGAAAACUAAGGAGAGUCAAUUCUGAGGUGCUUACCCUAAUUACAUUCCUGUUUUGGACUCAGAUUUUAUUGAUCAGAAUAUUGUCUAAGUUGUAGCUCUUCCUCCUGUCUCUCAAACUUGUUCUCACAGCCCAUUACAAGAAUGAAGGCCACUUCUUAUUGAGUGUUUGUGUAUGGUGCUUGACAUUUUGAGUCAGGCUUAUCUUUCUUGUGAAGCUCAAAAGCGUUUCAUGCAUUAUGAGUAAUUCCACUCUUCUAUUAAGGAUUGUUUGUUGGUUCAAAAUACUUUGAAAAUAUUGUUUGUUCAGGGAGGGUUUAUUUUUAAAAGUAAAUCUGAGUUACAGAGGAAUUACUUGGGCAGCAGUCUGGAUUGACUAUUAUGUUAAGCCAUAAAUCAUUUAAAAACUUUUUCUGCAGUUAGAUGGCUACAGUUAUAUCUUCUUAGUAACAAGGGGCAAACCAACACAAAGUGACCUAAAUGGCCUCAUAGCAAUGUUUCUCAAAAACCACCAUUUUCAAAUUUGUUUGAGGCUUAAGAUUGGUUUUGGUGGCUGUUUUCCCCCUCUUUUUCCAAUAGUAUUGCUGGUUUCUAGCAAGACUGCAAAGCUGUACCUUGCUUUCCAGCCUAUUGCAAGUUUCCUUAAUUUAUUCUCAUUUUAAAUGUAUUUUUAUGUAUAAUUGUAUUUAAAAUUUCAUCAUAUUUAUACUGUAUUUUGAUAGUAUUUAAUACUUUGGUAUUUGUUAUUUGUAUUUUUAAAGAAAGAAUAAAAAAUAAUAAUAGUAAAAAUGAGAUAUUUGACUGGUUAUUAACAUGGUCUGCAACAUUUGGAUAGCUGAAUCACUCUGAAAUCCUAUAGAAUGCUGUUUAUCUCGUCCUUGCUUUCAGUCGUAGCUUUGAGUGUUAAGACUCCAUUUUGAGGCUAGAGUUAAGUUGCUGGAUUACUUAAAUAUUGUACAGUUGUUUUAUUUAUGGCUUUGAUUAAUUUACAGUUAAUUUAUAGUUACCUAUCUAAAGUUUAUGAGUCUGUGUGUGAUAUAUAAUAGAAAUGUAAAAGAAUCUAUACAAUUUCCAAACUGAUGGUAGAGGACAAAAUAUGCAGCAUUGUUAUCCUACAAAAAAGCUCUCUAAAUUCAUAAAUUUCUGAUGAAAUCAUGGUUGAAUUGUCAUUCAGCUGUAAUUGACUGCACUUGUUGCAUUUCUCACAGGAACAGGGGCUAAUUUUAACUUCAAAGAAAACCUUUUCAGCCUAUGCAGUUGUAUGCAGCUAGAUAAUGAGAAACUUUUAUGAUGAUUAAAUAAAUAAAAUUUAAGUGACAGAAAUGUUAGCAAUUUUGUUAUGUUAGAACUUUAUUGUGCAAGGCAAAAUUUUAAGCAUAUUGUUCAUUUCCUACUGCAAAUUUAAUACAGAAUAUUGUUCCUGAUUUGUUUUAUGUAUCUAUUUUAUGUGUUAUAUAAAUAUAAAUGUAUCCUUUUAUAUACAAAGUCUCUUUAAUAUAUUGUAAUUGUGACAAUAUUAUAAAACCAUUGAUUAUGUGAUUGCUACGUAUAAGGCAUUUUCUCUAUACGUCAAUAAGGUUUUUUAUAACAAAAAAAAGCCUUGAGCUGUGUUUGCAAACUGGGAAGAGGCAUUUUGUUGGAACUGUUAUAUCAGAUUUGUAAAUAAUAUAGUCUGUUUUAUGUGGAUCAUAAUAAA